AUGAUAUCUCGUGGGAAAACCACGGAAGAAUUAGUGAAGUGUAAAUUGUGGUGGCAAGGACCUUCAUGGAUCACCAAGGACUCAUCAGAAUGGCCAGUUAUACCAAGCAAACUGCCUGAUGAUGAGACUAUAUUAGAAAGAAAGAAAGUGGUAUUAACAUUAACUGUUUCUACGUCAUCCAUGGAAACCAGUAUUGAAUUUAUUGAGCGACUGAUAUCACAGUUUUCAAAGUUGAGGACGCUAAUCAAUGUUACCGCGCGUUUACUACGUUUGGGUAAAAGGGGAACCAGAACGAGUACACUAUGUUCAGUGAUACCACAUGAAGCCUUAACUCCAGGAGAACGAGAUUUUGCAUUGAAGAGACUGAUAUUACUAACACAACAACAUGCUUAUAAGGCAGAAUGUAACAGUCUAACCACGCACAACCGAAUAGUUGGCAAGAGUGUUUUAGUCCAACUCCAUCCAUUCUUAGAUGCAAAUAACUUGUUAAGAGUAGGAGGAAGACUGCAACAGUCCAGUCAACCGUAUGAUAGCAAGCAUCCGUUAAUACUACCGGGAAACAAUAGUCUUAGCAAUCUGAUAAUUGAAGAUACUCACCAUCGACUUCUCCAUGCAGGACCAACUCAAUUGAUAGCUACUCUACGGCAACGGUUUUGGAUUAUAGGUGUAAAAAGAGCUGCAUCAAAAAUAAUUUGGCGAUGUUUGAAAUGUUAUCGUUGGAAGGCCAGUCGAUCGAAGCAACUAAUGGGAUCACUUCCCGAAUCACGCGUAACAGUAGCGGCUCCAUUUUCAACAUGUGGAGUUGACUAUGCCGGUCCAUUUACUACAAGAAUAGGCCCACCUCGCUCGAAGAAAACAACGAAAAGCUACAUCGCAUUAUUCAUAUGUUUUGUAUCAAAGGCGAUACACAUUGAAUUGGUAUCAGAUUUGACUACCGAGGCUUUUAUAUCUGCAGUAAAACGAUUCGUCAGUAGACGAAGAUGUCCAUCAGAAAUUAACUCUGAUAACGGUCGGAAUUUCGUAGGAACUGCCAACGUACUGAAGGCGUUUCUGAAUGACAAUCGCAUCCAAAAGGAAAUACUGGAAUAUGCAACUGACCAACAGUUGACGUGGAAAUUCAUUCCACCACAUAUGGGAGGAUUAUGGGAAGCAGGAAUAAAAUCGGCAAAACACCAUCUUAAACGAGUUGUUGGGGAAACAAUCAUGUCAUUUGAAGAAUUAUCAACAAUCCUGUGCCAGAUUGAGGCAGUUCUCAAUUCGCGACUUUUGGCACCAAUGUAUGACGAUGUUGAGUCACUUGACGUUCUGACGCCAGCACAUUUUUUAAUAGGCAAACCCUUAAGAGGACGUGAUACUGCCCACAAAAUGUUUGUAAAAACCGUUUCACGCGGGAAAGAACCACCCGAGCUGUAG